AUUGUUUUAGUCAAUACAAGUGGUCUGCAACUGAACUAUGCGCUCUAUCAACAGAAUGGAUGGUAGGAAAUAGCGUGCAGGAUUCUUCCUACAGCACGUUAACGCAACAUUGGGUUUGGGUUACACCUCAAGUGAUUGCAAGAUGCUAAAGGAAAAUACAUUAUUUUGGCAUAUUUAUGAAGAAAGACAAGUCCCUAAAAACUCAGUAUAACACGGCCGACUCAGAAUGAAUGAAGGAGCUAAGAUGCGAACCAGUUGUCAUCUUCUGGAUCUGCCCUGGGAGGAUGUACUCGUCCCACAUAUUUUAUGCCAUUUGCCGCUGCAACACCUGGUCAGGCUGCAAAGAGUGAGCAAGCAGUUCCACAGCCUCAUUCAGGUGUAUAUGGCCAACUGCAGGGUUUUUGAUCUGUCCCUGAUUGGACCAAGCAUUCCCAAGGAAGCAUUUUGCUCCAUGUUAAAGGACAACAAAGUUCUCCAGAGCCUAUCACUUAAGAGCUGUUCAGACUGGCUGACAGACAAAGAGCUGCUGCCAGUUAUUGGCCAGAACCAGCAUCUGCAGAGAGUGGACAUGAGCGGGUGUGUUUGGCUCACCCGUCACUCCCUGGUGGCCGUGUCUCUGAGCUGCAUGCACCUCCAGCACCUUGGCCUGGCACACUGCGAGUGGGUGGACAGCCUUUCUUUACGCAGCCUGGCUGAUCACUGCGGGGGGCUGCAGUCAGUCGACCUCACCGCCUGCCGCCAGCUCAAGGACGAUGCCAUCUGUUAUCUAGCCAAGAAGUGUUUGAAUUUGCAGUGUCUAUCUCUGGCAGUCAAUGCUAAUGUCACCGAUGAGUCGGUGGAGGAGGUGGCCAAGAACUGCAGGGGCCUGGAGCAGCUGGACCUGACAGGCUGCCUGCGGGUCAGGAACCAGUCCAUCAGGACGCUUGCGGAGUACUGCCCAAAGCUGCAGUCCCUGAAGGUGAAUCACUGUCACAAUGUGACAGAGUCGAGCCUGGAUCCUCUACGGAAACGCAAUGUAGUGAUUGAUGUUGAGCCGCCUUUACAGAGGGCACUGGUACUUCUUCAGGAUGUGCUGGGGUUUGCUCCUUUUAUCAAUCUCCAAAUAUAGCCAAAGGGCAAUCUGUCUGUCCAACAGGUGCACACAGGUGUCCUAAUAGGGCUUGCAGCUGUAUCACACGUGCACGUGAGGUAUUUUAAGAAAUGUCAAGACAAUCCAGGAAGACCUGAAUUUGUUGUGCUGCUAAAUGAUGUUUUAAAAAACCUUCACUGGAAUGUAAUCAAAGAUGCAUAUUUAUAAAGGAACUGAAAAUAAUGCCACAUUUGCAAAUGACUGAACAAAGCCAUGAAUAUUAGAGAAUUUCUGCCUCAUGUCCCAAAAACAUCACUGCACUAUUUCUUAAUUACUUAGCUUUGUAAUAACGUGGCUUUACAGAGGAGAAUUUUUAGCCGAUAUAUAUAGAGUAUUGUUAUGUUUGGUUUUUGAACUGAGUACUCAGUGUAUAUGACACUGUAAAACACAGUUAUCACAUGUUUCAUUUAGAAACAUUUAAACAUGUUUGAGUUUAAUUAAACAUUUAAUUUUGCAUGCAAGUGCCAACUUAAAUAAUCAGUUUACAGAAAUCCCCACAUUUCUCACCACUAGUUUGUCUAACCUUUGUUUUUAUUUUAUUUUAUUUUUUACUUUUUUAGUUAGUUUGUUUUGUUCAGGUUUCAAUAUCUCCACUACUGAGUCUUAUAAAGCUGAAUGCAGAUUUGUUUGUGGUGCUGACCACAUGUCUUCAAGAAACAAUGAUGUCCUGGCUUCUCAGGACAAGUUACAGACCUCACUGUUAACAGUUUUUAACAAUUUCCCAAUGAAAAUGGUACCAACACUGGUUGUUACACUAGAACUACAGUAUCUGCAUGGCUAGGUGUAACUAGGGUAAUUUGGAAAGUAUAUUGGUGUGGGUAAAGUAGCCCUUUAAUUUACAUGGUUAAUAAAUAUAUACUUGUAUAGGCUAGGAUGUGGUUGAAAUAGGCAUAGGAAUUUACUGUUUUUCUUUCAUUCUUUGAAAUUGUAUAAAGUACCUGUGUUCAUGUGUUCACAUGCUGUUGGCCCUUAAUAUAGUAUAUGAAUUAUAUAAGACAUUAAAUUGUAAAAUACAGUGCCACCAGAAUUGAUUGUUAUUUUUCCAUAAGAAAGGCAUAAAAUACUAUGAUAUAAUUAGCAGUAUGGACAUUUGGGGUACUUUUCCUGCAGGUAGGUAGAACAAAUUGCCACCAAUCUGCUAUGGGUACUGACUAUGGACCUCCACAGCUAAAAAUAAAAGUAUUGGUCAGUUUUAUUAGUAACAGGGUCUUAAGUAAGUUUAGAAGCAAAGACAAACCCAACUAUUUUUGCCAGAUUUAACAAAUAAAUAGUUAAAAUUGUGACACAGGUCUGCGUUUUUCAUGGCCAAUAACAUGCUUCUUGAUAAAUGAAAAUGAUGUUGGCCUGUAUCUGUAAACUGCUCCGAAUAAGCAAGAUUGCUGUAAUUCCAUUAACUGUCAGGCAUAUGAAGCUUUUGUAAAAGCAUUGCUCUGGUGUAGGU